AUGGCAUCAUUACACAUUGAUGACGACAAGUUCGAUCAUGAUUACAACGAGGACGAUUCUGCUGGGGUAGACGAGAACGAAAUAAAGGAAGAAACCAACCUAAUCGACAAGGAGAUUCGUGAAGGAGGCUGGGGUUGGGUCAUCGUCUUUUGGGCGUUCUUCACAAAACUACUCUUCAGUGGAACUGUAAAAGUCUUUGGGGUUCUAAUGCCGAAUCUCGUGAAUCAUUUUGGAGGAACCUCCAUCUCUAAACUCGGUCUCAUUUUGGCUCUUUUCGGAACAUUUUCUGAUUUCACAGGUUUUACCAGUGCUCCCCUUUGCAAGGUGUUUGGCGCACGAUCCGUUGCAGUCGUCGGUGGUAUCCUCUGUAGUAGUGGAGUAAUACUAGCAUCUUUCGUUACAUCGUCAACUCAGCUGGCUGUCUGUUUAGCAGUAGCAGGUUUCGGCUUUGGUUUUCCAUUAGUACCGUCCCUCGAGCUGAUAAGGUUGUCUUUCACCAAACGAUUUGCAGUAGCCAAUGGACUGAUAUAUUCUGGGACUGGUAUAGGCGUUGUGGUCUUUGCACCUCUUGGUCAAGUUCUCAUAGACACUUACGGAUGGCGGGGUACCUUCAUGGUUCUUGGUGCUCUAUGUCUCCACGUGGUGGUACACGGAGCCGUUUUAAGAUCUCUUCCGAACAAACAUGCUCGGGCAACUCACGGUUUGAUCAUCGAUUUCGGGAUUCUGACUUCUGAGAAACUCUAUCUGAUGGCGACAUCGGCUUUGGCCCUCUCCUUGAUGGUGUGCCCAAUCCUUGACUCGCACGCUCAAAAUAUGGCGGCAGCGGCUCUGUAUGGUGUGGGGAAUGGGAUCGUCCUGCCUCUCGGCACGGUUCUCUUGAAGCAAUCUACAAACAGAGAUGUUUUUCGCUCCUCUCUUAGUCUGUCGUAUGGCAUCAAUAGUCUUGCUCGUUUGCUUGGCGGGUAUACAAUAGACUAG